AUGAAGAAUACCUUUAGACAUUUUGAUACGCCGGUUAAGGCGGGGGAUUUACUUCUAAUGGAAGAACCAUUUGCUUACACAUUGUCAUCGAAGGAAAGUGGAAAACGAUGUGAUCAUUGCUUUCAAAAUUGUAGGGUGUUGAAAUGUUCCGGUUGUCAAUUUGUUUAUUACUGUGGAAAAUCAUGUCAAAGAGAAGCUUGGAGUGAACAUAAGUGGGAAUGCGCCAACUUCAAGAGGGUGGCACCAAAAGUAGUACCCGACGGAGCGAGGAUGUUAGCUAAAAUAAUUAAUCGGUUACGUCGAGGUGAUGGAAAUUCGUAUAAAGCGUUUUACACGCCCACUUCUUUCAGAAUGUGGAAGGACCUCAUGUCACACUACUCAGACUUAAAAAAGGACAAAAAACGUAUGGAUCACUUCACAACAUUGGGCGUGGUUUUAUAUGAGUUUUUGAAAGACAUAUCACUACCAAACACAGUGGACCUCAUUGGAUUGUAUGGCAGAAUGGUUAUCAACAGCUUCACAAUCUUAGAUAUAGAUAUGAAUUCUAUAGGCACCGGCAUUUAUAUCGCCGCUUCGAUCAUAGAUCACAGUUGUAAUCCUAAUGCUGUCGCAACUUUCGACGGAAAAACCAUUAAUAUUAGAGCAAUCAGGGAUAUGCCUAAAUUGGACUGGAAACAGAUACGCAUAUCGUAUAUAGACCUAAUGAAAACGCCAUUCGAACGACAGAUGGAGCUUUUAGAGAACUAUUACUUCGUGUGCGAUUGUGACAGGUGCAUGGAUAAGGAUCAGCUAAAGUACCUCCAUGCCGCCAAGUGUUUAAAUAUGAAAUGCGACAAUCCUGUUAAUAUAAAAUGGAAAGACGACUGUGUGCUAGUUAAAGAAGUAGAAAAAAGUAAACUGUCAAAUGUCAAAAGUACUAGCAAUGAAAAAGACAGUACGAGUAAUGGAGAUAUGGAAGAUAAAAAUCCGAAUAAAAAGGAUGUACAUAGCCCAAAUGUAGGUAAUACUACAGUUUCUAACGUUGAUAGUAGCAAAAAUUCAGAUAGUUUACCAGCAACAAAUAACGAAAAUGCAGAUGUUGGUACAUCCACAAACAACGAGAAUGUUUGUACAGAAGAAGACACUAAAACAGCCACAGACAAUACAGAUAAUGUAAACGAAGAUAAUCAUAAAAAUGGCGACAUCCAAGAAACAAAUAAAGAAGUUAAUGGCAUUUGUUCUGAAUGCGGUACAAAGUACACUGAACAGGAUAUUGAUACAUUCUUAGAUGCCAUGGACUUAUCGGAUGCUCAUUUGCAAAAUAUGAAGACAACUACGGUAGCUUAUGUGGAAGUAUGUAAAUAUUGCUUAGAAAAACAGCAGGGCGUGUUGCAUCCAUUAAAUGUAUUCCACGCACAGAUGUUAGAGCAGGCAUUUGACGCGUAUAUACAGGUGCGUUUGUGGCAACAAGCUUGCGUCUACGCAGAACAAUUGUUACCUUGCUUUAGGUAA